AUGGUUGGAAGCAAGCGCACGAGGAGUAAAACCGCCGCGAUGGCUCAAUCCGUGACGACCCAAAGCCACUCCACCCACGAUCCCGCGAUCAACAUGGUGGCACCACCACCUCUUGCCACCGUGCCACCUAUUGGACCCGCUGUGGUACCUCCCAUCAAGCAACUUCAAGCGUUCCCUCCAUUGCCUCCACGCUCGACACACGCUCUCGCAUACACCUCCAGUGAAACCCUAGCCCGUGUGCAAUUGGGCUCCACACGCUUCUCUCCUCCCGAUCCACAAAGUCAAGCAGAUCUCAACCUGAGAGUUGACCAGCUAGCUCAGAGAGUGGAUGACCAAAACGCUCUUAUGAGGCAGCUCCUUAAUCAAAUAAGCGUGGCUCAAAAUCUUGGCCUUGGACAACCAGGCGAAGUGAGAAGAAUAGACGAACGCACUGGUGGGCAGCUCAACGGGCACCAAGCGGGUCGAGCAGGAGCGAGCAGACAAGGGGAUGCACAACCACGUGAUCAGCUCGCCGACAUGUCGCGAGCAUCUGCAAGCCAAACACAAAGCAACGUGCGAGAAAGGCUCGGCCCACGACUUGACGUCCGUGCUCGCCUGGGCCCGCAGGGGAAUGUACUUCAAAGGCUAGGCUCCCAGGGAGAUCAAACUGACAAUCGCCGCAAUGAGGAUCGUGAAGAGAGGCGCUCCGCUGCCCACUCACAGAGAAAUAUUCACGAAAGGCUAGGCUCCCAGGGAGGUCAACCCGGUAACCCUCGCAAUGAGGAUCGUGAAGAGAGGCACUCCAUUGCCCGCUCUCGGAGAACCAACUCUCGCCGUCAAGCUGCAGAAAAUCCCUCACAAUCGCAGUCCACCAACACGCCUCCUAGGCAUCGCGGACGAGAAGACCGACCCUUGCAGACCAACGAGGAGGUCAAUCAGCGUCGCUCGAAUCGCAAAAGGCGCCAACGUGAUCGACCAGCACUACGCGUGGAAGACGUUGAGAAGCUUGUGAAUGACCGACUUCGAGACUUGAAGACUAGCGGGAACCUCGAGGAUGCACUACGUAAGGAGAUGGACCAAGCGAUCUUCACUCCUUUCACCCCUGAAAUCGAGCAGGCUACUCCCCCGAAGCGAUUCUCAACGCCUUCUUUUACACAUUUCAAGGGAGAUUCCGAUCCCGAGAGCCACCUAAAACACUUCAAAAGUGUCAUGAUCCUCCACAAGGCCGACGACGCACUAAUUUUCAAGGAGCUUGCCUAUGUCUUCACUAAAGAAUACACUUCUUAUCGGACGAUCAAGAAGAACCCAGAUCAUCUGUUCAACCUGCGCAAGAAGCCCGACGAAUCCAUUCGAGAUUACAUCAAGAGGUUCAAAGCAGAAAAAGCCAACAUCGUAGGGUGCGACGACCGAAUCGCAUCAUCUGCCUUCAAGAAAGGUCUUCCAGCAGAACACGAGUUAUACCGCGAGCUGACUAUCACUCCCAGCCAGACUUUAGCAGAGGUCUUCGCGACCGCAGAACACUACGCGCUUUGGGAUGACGAUCGAAUUGCCGCGAAGAAGUCCACUGAGCAGGGAGAUCGGCAGACCAAGCGGGUAGGCCUAAGAAGCGAUGGAUUUAGCAACAAGAACAAGGACAAGCGCAGGUCACACCCACAAGAGGACGCUAAAGCAGGAGGGAACUACACCAAGUUCACUAUCCUUAUACAUCAAAUCCUAGCCCAAGUGAAAAACAAACCUUGGGUAAGAAGACCGCCACCCUUGAAAGGAAAUCCAGACAGGAGGGAUACUAGCAAAUACUGUGUCUUCCAUGGGACGCAUGGACACACUACGAACAACUGCUUCGCUUGGAAAGCACACCUCGAAGAACUCGUGAAGGAAGGUCACUGCACAGAAUUCAUCGCUAAGCAGGCCAUCCAACAGAUAGAGGACCGCGACACCGCCAAGGAGCCGCCCCAAAAGAUUAAACAAGCCACUAUGAUCUCUCAAGUCUCAACCGACAUUCCGCUAGCAGAAGACGACCCAAUAAUCGGCUUCCAAAAGAAAGAUCUAAUUGGCCUUGAUCUACCACACAAUGACGCUCUUGUCAUCAGCAUUCAAAUCGCUCAGGCCAUGGUCGGCCGAAUCCAUGCAGACGAGGGCAGUGCGGCCAACAUCCUACAAUUGACAGUUAUCCAACAGAUGGGCUUAGAGGCAAAGAUCAAUAAAUCAGCCAAGUCACUGACUGGUUUCAAUGGAGCAACAACGGUCACCGUAGGCACGAUAGAGCUCGACGUCUACGCCCCACCUGUAAUCAGCUCUCAAACGUUCAUGGUCAUUGAUGAAAUCUCACCCUACAAUGGCAUUCUAGGCAGGCCAUGGAUCAGCAAGAUCAAUGCCAUCACCUCCGCCACGCAUCAAAAGAUUCGCUACCCAAUUCCUUGGGGUGGGAUCGGCCAAAUCAACAGCGAUCAGGCGAUGGCGAGGAAAUGCUCAGCUCAAGGGCUGAAGAAAGGCAAGCAAACACAGUUCCUCCCUGUGAAUCAAGCAGAUCUAAAGGGAGUAGAACAAGCAGAUGAGGAAGCAGAUCCCCAAUCAAAGAAUCAGGACCAAGUCGAGGGAAUCCGUCCGGAGGUCUAUCCUGAAGAAGGAUGGAAGCCCGAGGAGGACGUUGAGCUAGUACCCCUUGAUCCUGACAAGCCAGAGAGAACAGCGCGGAUCGGCUCGCGCCUAAGCCAGGAGGAAAAGGCAGAGCUUGUAGCCUUCCUCCAGAACAACAAAGACGUAUUUGCAUGGUCACCCUCUGACAUGCCUGGCAUCGAUCCCCAGAUCAUCUGCCAUCGCCUACACGUCAACCCAGCCAUCAAGCCUGUAGCGCAGAAGAGACGCAACUUCGCCCCCGAGCGAGUCGCCAUCAUUGAAGCUGAGAUCGACAAGCUUCUAGUUGCCGGUUUCAUUGAAGAAGUCUCAUACGCAGAAUGGCUGGCGAACGUUGUUCUAGUAGCAAAAAAAGAUAAAGGCCUGUGGAGAGUGUGCGUCGACUAUACUGACCUCAACAAGGCAUGUCCUAAAGAUAACUUUCCACUGCCGAGAAUUGACCAGCUCGUCGAUUCAACUUCCGGCAAUCAACUGCUAAGUUUCAUGGACGCCUACUCCGGUUACAACCAGAUCAUGAUGCAUGAAGACGACAAGGCAAAGACCUCUUUCAUCAUCGAAAGAGGUACCCACUGCUACAAGGUCAUGCCCUUUGGGCUGAAGAACGCCGGGGCAACCUACCAAAGGUUGGUGAAUAAAAUUUUCAAGGAGCAAAUCGGUAAGACUAUGGAGGUCUACGUAGACGACAUGCUAGUCAAAGCUCCCGAGCGAGCAGACCACAUCGAGAAUCUUGCCGAGGCAUUCAGCGUACUCCGAAAAUACAACAUGAAGUUGAACCGAGCAAAUGCACAUUUGGAGUCUCGUCCGGCCGAUUCCUUGGAUACUUAG